UGCUAUUCAGAGGAUGGAGAUUUACAUUCUAGACUCUCUGAAUUGGAGGAUGCAAGCUGUGACGCCAUUCUCUUACAUCAACUAUUUCGUGGACAAGUUCACUGAUGGGAAGCCGCUAAGUUGCGGAUUCAUUUCUCGGUGCACCGAGAUCAUACUUGGCAGUCUUGAAGCAACGAAGCUCCUACAGUUCAGGCCUUCUGAGAUGGCAGCAGCAGUGGUUCUGUCAGCAGCUGCUGAGUCUCAAGUCAUUGCCUUCAGCGGCGCUCUUUUAGCUUCUAAUAUCCUUGUCAAUAAGGUGUAG